AUGGCUUUUGUACACGAACACUCCUGCGAAUGUGCAAAGACAGAACUCGAUCUCUUUACUAUUCUCCGACACGGACAAGUAUUGAAAAAAGAAGUUAUAAAAAAGGUAAACCCACUCACGAAUAUAGCUGAUGGUCUGAUCGAAUUCGUAAUACCUUCGGCCAGAAGUGACUACAUCAAUAUUGGUUCUAUGCUUUUGCACAUCGAGGCUAAAAUCACGAAUGCCAAUGGGAGUAAUUUGGCUGCGGACGCCACUGUAGGGCCUUCACACUUUUGGUUGCAUUCCCUCUUCAAUCAAAUCGAAGUGUACCUAAAUAGAAAACACAUUUCGGACGCAUCUCCCACCUAUUAUUACAGAGCCAUGAUUGAAACGCUAUCGAAUUAUGGAGGGGACGGCAAAUCAAUGCAGAUUGGUGCAGCAAUAUUUGAGAAGGACACUGCUGGAAAAAUGAAUGUCGCAAACCCGAAAGCCGAUGAUGGUGACGCUAACAUGGGACUCAAUUGUCGAUACACGUUUACAUCGCUGAGUAAGACGGUUGACAUGAUCGGACAAAUACACGGAGACAUACUUUUUCAACCAAAGUAUUUACUCAAUGGGGUGGAAGUUAGACUGAAAUUACAUCGAACUAAAAAUCAGUUCUGCUUGAUCAGUUCAACCGAAAACCCCGCAUUCAAAGUAGUCAUCACCAACGCUACUCUCCUGAUGAGAAAAGUCAAGUUGAGCCCCAGCAUACAACUGGUACACGUCGAAGCAUUGAAACAUGGUACUGCAAAAUACCCCAUCCAUCGAUGCAUUAUGAAAAUCGCUUCCAUCCCGGCUGAUACAAUGUCAUUAAACAAAGAUUUGAUAUUCCUCAGUCAGUUGCCCAAAAGGAUCAUCCCGUGUCUGGUUUCUAAUACGUCUUUCAACGGAUCCUACGAAACCAAUCCAUUCAACUUCCAGAAUUACGGUAUCACAUCACUUGUCCUCAAUGUUAGAGGCGAGAAAGUUCCCGCAAAGCCAUUGAAGACGGACUUCACGGCGGCUGGUGGCAGAAGUUGCAUCAUGGCUUAUUACACUCUAUUUACUGGUACAAAUAAAAUGGGUCAAGACCAAGGCAACGGCAUCACUCGAGACGAAUAUCCCGAAGGGUACACAAUCUUCGCAUUUGACCGAGCGAAUAUCACCUCAAUUUGA